CGGCCUCCUCCCCUCCGUCCUUCUCCUACUCCCCGUUGACCUCCUCCUCUCCCCUCCUCACCUCCUGCUCGGCCCGCCUCCUCCCCUCCUCGCUGCGCCUCACCCCUCUCUCUCCCCCCCAUCAAGCGGGCCUUGCCCUGCACCCCACGCCCUUCCCCCUCGUCUCCCCCGCCUCCCCCACCUCCCCCUGCCGCCCCUACUCCUUCUCCUCCUCCUUCUCCUUCCGCCUCUCCUCCCCCCAAUCCGCUGCUGCUCUCGGGGCCGACGGCUUUGCUUUCGUUUUCCUGCCCGACCCGACCCUCGGCCUGCCCGGGCCAAACAUGGGAUACGGCAGAAGGCCUCACAGGCAGGAAGAGUUUUUUGUGGGUGUGGAAGGGGGGGAUGCGGUGGUGGGGGAAGAAGAAGAGUGUGUGAUAGCGAAUGGGGCCAUUACAUGCACUACGACUGGCAGCAGUAGCAGCUCCAGUGGUAUCACCUUCAACAGAAGCCUGCCACAUCAGCACAGCCUAGCAGUGGAGUUUGACACAUCAUCAAAUCGUUUAUUUGUGGAUCCAACCACUCACCAUGUGGGGAUCAACGUGGAUUACAGCAUGACGUCAGCAGGCCAUGUGUCCGUGCACCCCGCGGGCAUGGCCUCGCUGGGCGGCAACAAGAACGAGACGCUGCAUGCGUGGGUGGCCUACAACGCCACCGCCUCGCUGCUCUCCGUGCGCCUCUCCUCCUCGCCCGCCAUGCCACCCUCCGCCCUCCUCUCCCUCCCCUUCAACGCCUGCGACCUCUUUCACAAUGCUCCGAAGGAGGACGGAGGGGAGGGGGAGGCCGUGUUGGUGCAUGUGGGGUUUGCAGCCGGCACGGGGCUGCUGCCGCUGCACACUCAGACGCACGACAUUCUCUCCUGGGCCUUCCAGGUGGACUCCAAAGCGCCGGCACCUCUCCCCCUGUGGCAGCCGCCGUCGCUCUCCUUGCCCUUCCUCACGCCAGCCGCACCCUUCACUGCCUCGGGUGCAGCUCGCCUCGGCUUCUCCUCGCUGCAACUCACCCCAGGCAACCAGGACCAGGAGUCAGGCGCUGCCUUCUUCCCCCUCCCCCUGCCCCUGCUCUCGCUCCUCCCCCCUCCUCCCCCUCGCAAGGGGAGGAACAAGGGCGGAAAGACUGGUGCACUGGUGUGCAAGGCUCGAUCCUUCACCUCGUGGUUUCCCUUUGAGCUCAAGGGAAGCGGCUUUUUUGGGUUUGGAGUAACUUUUGUGCUAACUACUCGUCCGGGGGUGGGACAAGGAGGGGCGGCAAUGGGGUAUGGGAGGGAUGAGCAAGAGAGGGAUGCGAAUGGGACGUGGGCGGACGGAGGGAGGAGUGUGGCGGUGAUCCCUGCUCCCCUCUAUUUCUUCAAUCAUCCUCCCCUUGUCUCUCCUCUCUCUACAUGCCACACAGACGUCAACCCGUGCACGGCAUGGGACGUGAAUCCAUGCGGUGCUGGCAGGUGUAUUGCGGUGAGCACUGACAUCUGUGCGCCUGGCGUGUGCCUUGAGGGCUAUGAUGCCUCCUCCUUCUGCCUCUGCCCGCCCUCCUUCUUCCCCCUCGACUUCUCUAACCCCCUGAGGCAGCCCUGUAACCAAGUGCGUGAGUCCGCCACUCGAAUGCCAUUCUUCCCAGCGCCCCCCGGCCUCACAUGCCCUCUGCUGCUCGACAUCUUUGACCUCUCACCUCAAGAGCUGCUGGAGAGCAACCAGGGCAUGGCAUGUGACAAGCCCAUACCGCGUGAUUUGAUAGUCAACGUGUCGGCAUCUGCCAACAAGAGCUGCAGCAGCAUGUAUACCACCAACCAGGGUGACACAUGUAAGUCAAUCAACAGCCUCCUUGACACCAACAUAACAAACUUAAACCGUAACAUUGACUGCUCACAACCUCUUGUACCUGGAAAGCGCAUAUGUGUGCAGAACAACACCGACGCCCCCACGUUCCCGGUGGCGGCCUGCAUGAUUCAUCAUAUCCUCAAUCCGGAAGUGCACACGUGCCAGAGCCUAUCCAGAGGUGGCGUCGGGUGGAGUCAAUUGGGCUACUCUAAACUUUUCCGCAUCAACCCUGCCCUCUACUGCGACCAACUGCUGCCCGGUGCUGCUGGAUGGGACGACUCUGUUUGUGAUACGGUGUGCAUGAUGGUGGAUGAGCGGCCGGGUUCUGGAGGGAUGCCGUGCGAGACAAGCCGGUUUUACUUGGUGAAGAGAGGGGAUACCUGCGGCAAGCUGAUUGCGUCUCGAUACAAGAAGAAAGUGAACCUCUUUCGAUCACUCAAUGGGGGGUAUGACUGUACUGUGUCGUCGUUGUGGGUGGGCAUGCAACUGUGCUUACCGUAA